AAAACUGCGUAGCCCCCACUGGUUGACACUAGACGGGAGAGGUGGAGAGUGAGAGAGAGAGAGAGAGAGAGAGAGAGAACUGGAGCUGCCGCUGCUGCUGCUGGUGGAGGUGGUGGUGUGUUAUAUCCGGAGCUUCUGCUGCUGCACUUCUGUUUUUAUGCGACACGACGGCAGAUUUAAACGCCGCGCACGAGACGCUGGGAAAGGUGCCACGCUCCAGCUAGUUUGAAAAGAUUUUGUGGUGCCUCGCUUCAGCAUUUCCUGGUCUUGCAUGGUAACAAAGGGCUGAAGACUAGAGAUGGCAGUGUGGAUUCAGGCCCAGCAGCUGCAGGGUGAUGCCCUGCACCAGAUGCAGUCUCUCUAUGGCCAACACUUUCCUAUAGAGGUGCGACACUACCUGUCCCAGUGGAUAGAAGGGCAACUCUGGGAUGCGAUAGAUCUGGAGAACCCGCAGGAGGAGUUUAAAGCUAAGCGUCUAUUGGACAGUCUAAUUCAGGAACUACAGAAAAAGGCGGAGCAUCAAGUGGGAGAAGACGGUUUCCUCCUUAAGAUUAAACUAGGCCACUACGCUUCACAGUUAAAGAGCACGUAUGACCGCUGUCCGCUGGAGCUGGUGAGAUGCAUCAAACAUAUUCUCUACACAGAGCAGAGACUCGUCAGAGAAGCCAAUAAUUCGAGCUCACCGCUGGGUGGGAUGAUAGACAGCAUGUCUCAGAAAUAUCAGCAGAUCAACCAGGCCUUCGAGGAGCUGCGGAUCCUGACACAGGACACGGAGAACGACCUGCGCAAACUACAGCACAACCAGGAGUACUUCAUCAUACAGUACCAGGAGAGUCUACGAAUACAGGCUCAGCUGAGCAGCCUGGCCACGUUGCCCCCCGCUGACAGACAGCUGAGAGAGCCCAGCCUCCUCAGUAAGAGAGCUACUGUAGAGGCCUGGCUUACCAGAGAGGCUAACACCCUACAGAAAUACAGACUGGGACUGGCAGAGAAGCAUCAAAAGACACUGGCCUUGUUGCGGAAACAGCAGACGGUGAUUUUGGAUGACGAGCUAAUUCAGUGGAAGAGGCGUCAGCAACUGGCUGGUAACGGAGGACCACCAGAGGGGGGACUCGACAUUCUUCAGUCAUGGUGUGAGAAACUGGCAGAGACCAUUUGGCAGAACAGACAGCAGAUCAGAAGGGCGGAGCAUUUAAGGCAGCAGCUGCCCAUUCCCGGCCCCAUAGAGGAGCUGCUCAAUGACCUCAACAGCACCAUCACUGACAUCAUCUCAGCCCUCGUAACCAGCACCUUCAUCAUAGAGAAGCAGCCUCCUCAGGUGUUGAAGACCCAGACGAAGUUUGCAGCUACAGUCCGUCUGCUGGUGGGGGGCAAACUCAACGUCCACAUGAACCCCCCUCAGGUCAAAGCUACCAUCAUCAGCGAACAGCAGGCCAAAGCCUUGCUCAAGAAUGAAAACACCAGAAAUGACAGCAGCGGAGAGAUCCUGAAUAAUAACUGUGUGAUGGAGUACCACCAAACCACAGGCACUCUGAGUGCACACUUUAGGAAUAUGUCUCUGAAGAGGAUCAAGCGUUCGGACCGCAGAGGGGCGGAGUCUGUUACAGAGGAGAAGUUCACCAUCUUGUUUGAGUCGCAGUUUAGUGUUGGAGGCAACGAGCUAGUUUUUCAGGUCAAGACGCUAUCCUUGCCUGUGGUAGUGAUUGUCCAUGGAAGUCAAGACAACAAUGCCACAGCCACAGUUCUGUGGGACAAUGCUUUCGCAGAGCCGGGCCGGGUACCUUUCAUAGUGCCGGACAAGGUGCUGUGGCCACAGUUGUGUGAUGCUCUCAACAUGAAGUACAGGGCGGAGGUGCAGUCCAACAGAGGCCUCUCUGAGGAGAACCUGGUGUUCCUCGCCCAGAAAGCUUUCAGCAGCUCCAGCUGCAACCCGGAGGAUUACCGCAGUAUGACCAUGACCUGGUCCCAGUUCAACAGGGAAAGUCUGCCGGGCAGGAACUUCACGUUCUGGCAGUGGUUUGACGGCGUCAUGGAGCUCACUAAAAAACAUCUGAAGCCUCACUGGAACGAUGGGGCCAUUCUGGGCUUUGUGAAUAAGCAGCAAGCUCAGGACAUGCUGAUGUCCAAACCUAACGGCACGUUCCUGCUGCGGUUCAGUGAUUCAGAGAUAGGAGGCAUCACCAUCGCCUGGGUGGCAGAAAACCCCAACAAAACAGGGGAGAGAAUGGUGUGGAACCUCAUGCCCUACACAACCAAAGACUUCUCUAUUCGCUCUCUGGCUGACCGCAUCAGUGACCUGAACCACCUGCUGUUCCUGUACCCCGAUCGACCCAAAGACGAGGUUUUCUCCAAAUACUACACCCCUCCACUCUCGAAAGCCGUGGACGGCUACGUCAAACCACAGAUCAAACAAGUGGUGCCAGAGUUUGCAACGCCUAAUCCUGACCCAGCAGCGAACCCCACCUACAUGGAUCAUGCAGCAUCGCCGGCCGUCAGUCACCCAUCAAACUACGGCAUUUAUCCUGCAAUUGGCGACAGCAUGCUGGAUAACGAUGGCGAUUUUGACCUGGACGACACCAUGGAUGUAGCGAGGCACGUGGAGGAGCUGCUUCGCCGACCGAUGGACGGGCAGUGGAGCGGCCAGCAGUCAUGACCUCUCAGUGUCCAAACUCUCCUUUAACAAUGGUUUAUUCCAUUCAUCUCUACUGCCCUCCUCCCUCCAGUCCUCCCUGUCUCCCUCUCCUCAUUUCAUCCCUAAUGUGAAACAGUUGAAACAGUGAUGGAUGUGGUUUGCUUGUACUUUCACUCUUUCUUUCUUUUUUUUUUAUGAUUUUUUUGUUGAUUUCUUUUCUUCUAUAUCUUCUCUCUCACUGUGUCGUUCUGCUCGGCAUGUGAAGGGCAUGCAGAGACGCAGCCGAUCGUUUUCUCUUUCCCUCUCCGUGUGUGUGUGAAAGGUGAACAGAAGAUGAAAAAAAUAGCCUAACUAAAUACCACCAAACAGUAUUGUGAAAAAAAAAAUCUCAUAACACGCAUGUGUUCUCAUUUUUCCUUUAGUUUUUAUGUGUUUGUUUGAGAUGCGGUUGUCUGAGGUCGCGCCAUGAGAAAAAGAAAAAAAAGAAACGAUCCCUAGAUAGAACUCAAAUACUGUAAGAACGUGUUUUAUUUUCAGAUAGAUUAGUACUUUUAUUUUGUAUUGUUGUCCUAAUUAUUUUGCAUCGAAACUUCACAUGCUCGAAUCCCUCGCACUCUGGAACAAACGCAUCCGUGUGAGGAAGGUGAGAUCUCUGUUACUAUAGUGAUUGUAAUGUAUGUCUCUAUACACUAAAGCGAGUGCGAUUGGGUGCAGCAGUUAUUGAUAGUCAGAACGUCUACACACAGAUCCCACAACAGACUGGACUGGCUUUAUUAAUGUCUGAGUAUAUACAACACACACACACACACACAUACAUACCUAUACACACACACACAAAUCCCUAUACACACCAUGUGCCUGUAUAGACAUAUAGAUCAAUCACAUACACAUAAUUGUCCAUAUAUGUUCUUCGCUCACUUUCUCUCUCCAUUUUCAUCUCUCAUGCUCUCUCCCUGUCUAUUUUUUCCAAUUUUUUCUCCAUUUCUUUUUUCUGUUUUCAUCUCUCUUUUCUUUUUCUAUUUCUUAUCUGUCUCUCCAAUCUCUCCCCAUUCUGUCUAUAUUCUCUUUCUCGUCUCACUCUCUCUUACUUAUUUCUCUAUUUUCUUUCUUCUCUUUCUCUUUCUUCUCUCUCUCUGCUCCAUUUUUGUCUAUUUUCUCUUUACUUUCUCUUCACUAUCCAAUUGUUUUUUUCUCUUUUUUUUACCCUUAAUCUUAUUCUCUCUCUCUCUCCUCUCACUCUGUUUUUGUUUCUUUUGUCUUUCUCUUAUUUUUUUCUUUUCUCCAGUGGUCACUUUUUUCACACAAAAAAAUAACACAAUCACUUUCUCCCAAUCCUCUAUUUCUAUUCUAUUUUCUAAUCCCCUUCUUUUUAUGUUUCUCUCUUUUCUAGUACUUUCUCUUUUUCUCCUUUUUUUCUCAAUUUUAACCUUGUUAUUUUUUCUCCUUACUGUUUUUGUCACCCCUCUCUCUUCUCUCCUUCUCUAAACAUCUUCCCACCUUUCUCAAAAUAUUCUUUCUCCUUUUUUCUCUCUCUCUUUGUGUCUCCAUUACUCUGGUUUAUUGGCUAAUCCACAUACAUUCAAACAGAGAGUCUAUGAGAGCACUCUGAGGAAAAAUGUACACACACACACAUGCACAAACACUCACACACAUACAAGCACACAUACACACACUGCAACCUCUCUGUCUCUCCCCCUUCUUUCUUUCUCUCUCUCUUUUUCUGUUUCAGCUUCAGCAGCUGUGUAAGGGUGUGGUGCACUGCGCUCUAAAGCCUGAUCAACUGUGUUUUACACUGCAGGACAUGAUAGUCUGGAUGAAAUACAGGCAAUAUAUCCAAUCCUUCUUAUCAUGAUCUGAAGUAACAUGAGAUUAUUCAUCUAUUUCUUAAAGUUUCUACAUUUUUUUUUCAAUGCAUGAGAUAAAAAAACACAGCAAAAGCAAACCCAAUCAGUAAACUAGUAAUCUGACAGUAAAUCUGCCCAAACCAUGAGCUUUAAAGGUCAGGUUAGAGAGGUGAGAGUGUGCAGAGCCUUGUUAGUGGGUGAAUUAAGGGUGAUUGGGACAGUUUUCUAGUUUUUUUUUUUUUUGUUGUACUUAGAGGAAGAGGACAUCUAAUACUCAUACCAUGUGCUGUGAUCAUGGCCCCCUUUCUGAUACUUAAUUGGGCUCCACAUGGGCAUAUUAUCUGGGUACAUGGAAUAUCAAGGGCACUACAUCAUAUUUUCUUCACUAUAGUGACAUCUGGCAGCAAACCUCUCCUUAAUACACUUUGGGAACCGGUUAAGCAGAUGUUCCUAUUGGAUCAGCAAAUUUAUUUAUCGAAUUUUUAUCUGCUGUAUAGAGCACAACAUUAUAAUUUAUUACAAGAAAAGGUGCAUCACAGACUGCAAUUUCAGUUUUUUCAUGUGAAUGGCAGCCAGUACAGUACAGUACAUAGGGCUGCACGAUAUUGGAAAAAGUUUACAUUGCUAAUGUUCUUUUUUUCUACUAUAUAUAUAUAUAUAUAUAUAUAUAUAUAUAUCGCAAUAUUAAACAAUGCAGGGCCCAUGACCUUACCAGCCUUGCCCCCCUACCCGCGCACUGUCUCACAUCCAGACCAAUCAAGAGCUGAGACAGCGCUGAACACUCAAAAUCCAAAACAACAGUAAUCAGGCAUUUAAAUGUUUUUUUACAGGUAAAUAAGAGCAUUUUUCUAAGAUUAAAAGCGUGAAUUCAGCUGUAACUGGAAAUAUCUGCACUGCAAAACUGUGCUGGACUGAGGUGCACAGCUUUUAGCACAUGCGUUUACAAGCACGUGCCCACCCAUGUGUAUGAAGGCCAUGCGCUUACCUCGUGUUUACUCCAGACCCCCUCCCCCUCACGCUUCUCAGGCAGCAGCAGCCUGUCACUCACACAGACACAGAGACAGCGCUGUGUAUCUACUUCUUGUGUCAAGAAUCAAAACAUUGCAACAUGACGUGUUUAAUGUGUUUUUGCCUUAAGUUACAUCGCAUGUCCUGCGACACAUCGUGAUGAUGAUGCUUAAACAAUAUAUGGUGCAGCCCUAACAGUAAAGUACAUUUUGUCUGUUUUUUUGCUACUCUACAAGGUACUUUAGUGCUGUUUUUUCAACCCUCAAAUCCUCAAAUGGCCAUUAAUGGAAGAAAACAACCAAAAACAGAUCCAUUUCUGUCAUUUUAAUGUGGGGCUUUUACAGCUAUAUCUAUUUUUUUCCAUCAGUAAACCUUGUAGGAAUAGUGAAACUGUCACAUAUGACAAUAAGUACCAAUCACCCUUUACUCCUCUAAUGUCCUCCCAGCAGUGAGAAGUGUAGGCUAGCGCAGUUAGGCUGUGUUUGUUAUGUUAGCACUGUUUGGCUGAUGCUACACUACAUUAGCCCAGCUUCCAGCUUUAUCCAGAGCAACAGGUGAAGACUGGCAUGCCGCUGUCUUGUGGCAGCUCACUGAGCAUGUGCGAAAUUAGAGCACCUGUUGUCAUGGUGACGUAUGCUGCUCCAAUGCCGUCGACUGUGUCCAGUUACCCUCUUAUAGCUUUCCAACUGCUAAAUGUGCACACUCCCUCCCUCCCGCCCUGAGUGCACCCCACCCCCCACCACUGUCUCACUCUCUCUACCACUCACUCUUUUUUUUCUUUCUACCACAUGCUCUCCUUCUUCUCCACAUACAAUAUAUAUAUAUAUAUAUAUAUAUAUAUAUAUAUAUAUAUAUAUAUGCAUAUGCUGUGUGUGUAUAGAGAAAAAUAUAUAUAAAGCAUACCAAUAUAUGGUACAUAUAUAGCUCUGGGAAAAAAAAGUUUCUGAAUCAGUUUCUCUGAUUUUGCUACUUAUAGAUAUAUGUUUGAGUAAAAUGAACAUUGCUGUUUUAUUCUGUAAACUACGGACAACAUUUCUCCUAAAUUCUUAAUAAAAAUGUUGUCAUUUAGAGCAUUUAUUUGCAGAAAAUGAGAAAUGACUGAAAUCACAAAAAGAUGCUUUCAGCUUUCAGACCUCAAAUAAUGCAAAUAAACAAGUUCACAUUUAUAAAGAUUUAAGAAUUCAGAAAUCAAUAUUUGGUGGAAUAGCCCUGGUUUUUAAUCACAGUUUUCAUGUAUCUUGUAUGUAUGUUCUCCUCCACCAGUCUUACACACUGCUUUUGGAUAACUUUAUGCCACUCCUGGUGCAAAAAUGUGAGCAGUUCAGCUUGGUUUGGUGGCUUGUGAUCAUCCAUCUUGCUCUUGAUUAUAUUCCAGAGGUUUUUUAAUUUGGUAAAAUCAAAGAAACUCAUCAUUUUUAAGUAGUCUGUAUUUUUUUUCCAGAGCUGUAUAUGUACUAAAUGUAUCUCCAGUGUCAAACAUCAACAGAAGUCAAUGUAGGUCAUGGAUUUUUUGUCAUGAAAUGUUAUGAAGUCAAAAACAACAAAAAUAAGAAAUUAGUUGUAUUUGCACCUAGAAGGAACUUUCAAAUUGCGAUGCUAUUUGGAUUGAACAUAGUGUGUAGUAUUGUGUAACCCAUGUGUGUAAUGCACAAUAUGCCAGCUUGGAAUUCUUAAUGGUAGAGGUUCCUAAUGGUGUCCUGCAAUAGUCCAUCACAUGCAGCUUGAAUAUUCUACACAAAAUCUACCUUCAGAUAUAUGCGGUAGGGGUUGGAUUGUUGAUAAUGAAUCCAAUACCUUCCCAUUCAUUAUCAGUUAGGUGAUGGGCCUUGGUCAUGCAUAAUAUUUGUGUCUUUGUUAUGUCAGCAGUUUGUGGAUGAACAAUGUCCUGUUGAAAUAGCACAAUGGAGUGUGUGCUCGGAAAAGGUAUUGUAACCUUUCCAGGACCUCGGUAACGUAACGUAGGCUGACAUAGUGCCUGUAGUGAAGACCAGAGGUGAGCUUGCAUUGUAUGAAGUUGUACCCCACACCAUCAGACCAGCAGGGGUUCUGGUGUGAAGACAUGUGACACGUAACAAACCAAUGAUCUUGUUGGUGACACAAGGAUCCUUUGGUCGACUUCACUAAGAAAAAAAAUGAGACUCGUUACUGAAUAUGACCCUUUGCACUUCUGGACUCACUUCAUAAGGGUUUUGUUUAACUACCCACCAAGUGUUAUUCCUGUAUGUUAAUUCCUUCUAGGUGGAACUACUGCUAACUGAUGAGUGUUUCCACAGCACUGACGCAUACCGUAUUUUUCGCACUGUAAGGCGCACCGGAUUAUAAGGCGCAUUUUAUGCAACACUAGUAAGGAACAUGGGUGUCACCAUGUUUAUCUUCUAAUUCUUUAAAGCUAAGCUAAGUUAGGCAAGCAAAACUGUAAUUCACAAAAAAAGUCAGGAAGUCAAACGAGCUCUGGAUGUUAAUCUGCACAGAUUUCUCUCCUGUUUAUUUUAUUUGGGGAAGUAACGCGCUUCCAUUUAUUUACAGUAAACUUAGAUUUCCAAUAAAGCUGGAGCUUUAGCAUUAGCCACUAGCGCUACUGCCUGACAGCACUACGCUGAGGAACCCUGAGUGUUUCAGUAAGCCAGGGUAAAACUAGCUAGCGGUUUGUCUUAUUAGGGCCCGAGCACCGAAGGCGCAGGCGAAGCCUGCACUGGAGGUGCAAAGCCCUAUUGUUUUUGGUCCGUUUAUUAUUAUUAUUUUUAUUUUUAAACUUCGCGCCCAUUUUUGAGGCCUUUCUGAUUCUCGAAAACUCUUGCAUUUUGGCACAGACGUCCAAGCCGGUGAAAAAUUUUUAAUUUCAUGGUUCCUGGGCUUGGGCGUUGAUCAGGAGCUCUAUAGCGUCCCCAAACGUUGCCAGUGGCCAGGAUAAAGUUUGUCCAAUGUGCACCAACUUUGGUACGCUCAUUGACCUCAUUAUACCGAUCAAGAAUCACUUGGAUUUAUUUGACUCCGCCUAACAGGAAGUUGGCCAUUUUGGCAGGAAGUCGCAAAAAAAAAAGUUUCCUGUGGCAUUUUGGGUAGGUUACGAUGUUCGAAAACUCAUAAAAUUACACAGGCCUAUUGGGCAUAGUUUGUACUUUGAUGUAAAAUUGGAAUUUUUCAUAUUCAUAAUUUAUCAGCUCUCUAGCGCCACCUAUUUUAUAUGACAUUUAUAGAAAGCUCGUAGCCUCUUCUAAAUUAGCAGACCCAAUAAUGCCUUUAAAUGAUUUCGAGAAAUGUAAUCGUUUUUCUAAUGUGGAGCUAAAUGACUCUACAGCGCCCCCUAUUUGGUUUAGGCUAAUAAAUUAGCGGUAGCUGUCUCAAAAUUUCUCCAGUGUUCAAAAUUUUUGGUAGAAGCAUAGAUAUUACAAUGCCACACAUAAUACACGUUGGCAUGUAUUGGCUCCGCCCAACAGGAAGUCGGCCAUUUUGAAAAAUGUACAAUUUUUACACAUUUUUCACGAACUCAUUCGAACUCCUCCUAGAGUCUUUGUCAGAUUACAAUUAAAUGGUCUGUGGAUAGUCUCCAGACAUACGUGGUAUAUAUAUACGUGGCAAUAAACUACGAACACCCCUAAUGAUAAGUUGCGAAGGAAUAGUCGAUAUCUUAAACGAGUAUGAAAUGGCGGACAGUUGAAUUGCUUGAGAUGCCCCAUAAAAAAACAGGAAGUGAAUACAUUCUGGUGUUGGUAGGUGUUUGAGGAGGUUAAAAUGGAUGAAAACUUACGAAACUUUACAGACCUGCUUGAUUUACGUGGUCCUUUGAUCUGAAAUUGAAAUUUCAUAUAUACAUAUUUAAUUGGCUCUAUAGCGCCACCUAGGUUUCAAUGCAUAUUUGACAUUACGGGAAUGCUAAAAAACUCUUGAAAAUUGUCAGAUUGCAUAGGACCUAAAAACACUAUACAAAUAUUGUGAUAUAUUUUUCAUAUGUAGCUAGCAGACUCUACAGCGCCCCCUAGUUUGUUUGUUUAAUAAAUUAGCUGUGGAUGUGUCAAAAUAUGUCUAAUCUUCUCAAAUUUUGGUAGGAAUGUAGAUACUGUGACACUGCACAUAUUUGCAGUUGGCUUGUAUUAGCUCCGCCCAACAGGAAGUCGGCCAUAUUGGAAUUUGUAAUAUUUUUACACAUUUUUCACGAACUCCUUUAAACUUUAAACAAAAAAAGUCUGUCAGAUUACCUCUAAAUUAGCUGUAAAUGAACAUCAGACACAUUUGAUGAAAAUUGCAAAAGGAUUAGUCGAUCGCUAAAACGGUGAUGCAAUGGCGAGCAAUUGAUUGACUAGAGAUGCAACACUAAACCAAAGUGAAACCAUGACACGGUCAGAACACAGAUGAUUGAAAAUUCCUGAAACUUGGCAAAAACACAAGAGACAUCAUUAGACACGUUUUCAGUAUUGGUAGGACUGACCCAAACAGGAAGUCGGCCAUUUUGAAAUAUCUGCAUUUUACACGCAUUUUUUGCGUUUGUUGUCAAACUACUCCUAGCAAAUUUGUUGAAUUCUCUUGGUAUUUGGUAAAAAUAAACAUUGAACAUAUCUGAUGAUAAAUUGAGAAGGAAUAGUCGAUAUCUCAAACGAGGACGAAAUGGCGGACGGUUGAAUUUUUGAGAUGCCACAUCAAAACAGGAUCUUGACACCUAGGUGUUGCUAGGUGUUUUAAGGAAGUUAUAACAGAGAAAAGCUCAUAAAAUUUCACCGGCCUGCUUAUCUGAGGCUGUUGUUUGAUCUAGAAUUAGAAUUUCAAAUACAUAUGUUUUAUCGACGCUAUAGCGCCACCUGUACUUUAAAUGGAUAUUUCACAUGUUUAACAGGAUAGAAAACUCUUGAAGAGUGGCACACUAAAGAAGACCUCAAAAUUACUUUCACCGGUUUCUCGGUUUGGCCCGGUACGAUUUGCGCUGUUAUGCGAGGGCCCUACGUCCCCCUGUGACAGGGGGACAACUCGUUUAACUUGUUUUAACAUAGUAAACAUGCAGGCUACAGGCCGAUAUUCUUACCUCUGAAUGACAAAAGAGCUAGCACUUAGCACGGUUAGCGGCUAAUGCUAAUACUGCUGGAGAACUAAACUGAAAUUCCUGUGUAAUGCUUUUUGUAAAAAUUAAAGGACUUUAAGUGCGUCUUAAAGUGUGGAAAAAUAUGGUACACGGUUUUAAUCAACACUCUAUAUAUACACACAAGCAUAUGCAUAUACACAUAUAUACACACACACCUUUACACAACUACACACACUCAGGCAGACAGUUCAAACACAACACAUUGGAUGUAUCCUUCAGGCUAAAGUAUCGAAAUAAACUAACAGACAGAAAUGACGAUCUAUAUUCAGUAUAUAUAUUAAAAAAAUAAAUAUAUAUAUAUAUAUAUAUAUAGGAAUUUAUUUUCUUUAACAUAAUUCUAUUUUAAUACUGUGAAAGCUCUAUAGCACCAUCCCUCUAUGCUCUGUGUACUGUGAUCGCUACGUAAACACUUCAGGCCUUGGUAGAUGAAGCCUCUGGAUGCUGACCUAACGCUCGAAGCCAUGUUGUAGCCGUUAUAUAAAAAAAUUAAAGCGAGAGAAAAAAAUGACUGAGCCGAGUACAGCCUCGGAGGGCUUUUGCUACCAACACUGCCUUUAUACUGUCUUGCUUUAUCUAGACGUGGGCGAUAUGAUGCUUUUUCAGCGUAUCGUGAUAAAUUGCUCUGCAGUGCGCUGUUGUGAGCAUGUUGAAGGAAUUAUCAAUAUUUCUGGAACAUGGCCUGUCUACAUUCGGCCCACAUCUGCACAUGUUCAUAGCAGAUAUUCUCUUAUUUAGCGCUAUUGAGAAAGUGUAGCACGCUGUUUUGUCAAAUAUGCACCCAACACCUCCCAACACUUGGAGGAAAGCGCAGCAACACAGCUAUGAUACAUUAGCUAACAAAAGCCUGUGCUGACCAGCAUCACCUUGGGAGUAAUGUGGAAAGAGAGAGCCAUCUAGGUCCAUAUACCCUCCCGGAGAGAGCAUGGCCAAUUGUGCUCUCUCAGACUCCGGCUGCUGAUGGCAAUCUUCUAAUCAAAGUGGCAGCACCUUAGUAUUCUGGACCUUGGACUUGGAGCCCCACAUUAGGGCUGCAACUAAUGAUUAUUUUGGUAGUUGACUAAUCUGAUGAUUAUUUUUUCGAUUAGUCAGCGAUUAUUUCUGCCAUGUCCUCCAUCUCUAAAAACGAUAGAAACAGCUGAACAUGAGAUUUAAAAGUAAAUUUAGUGAGUAAACAUGUAAUUCUUAAAUCAGUCAUACACACAGAACUGUCCAUCCAUUCCUGAUAUUUUUCCAUGGUGUAUGAAUGCGCAAAACACUGCGUAAUGCAUUGAGAUUCACUGGUUUCGCCAGCAAUGCUAAAUGCUAAGCUAGGACAAUGCUAACAAUUACACCUUAUAUCUGACAUUGGUUUUACCGAAACGCCAUAAGUUCAGGGGUGCUGUUAUUCAGGCAUUUAAAGAAAUGAAAAAAAUAGGAUGCAGCAUUAGUGUGGUAUUGCGCCCCCCACCUUUUGUUGGGGUGUUGUACAGCCUAUAGUAAAAAACGAACAUUAGCAUGUUAGAUGCAUUUCCACACAUGAGGUGGCUAUCUCUCAGGGCUUCGGCAACUGAUGGCAAGCUGCAUGAACAGGAUUCAAACCAGCUAUCUCCCGAUCAUAGUGGCUGCACUUAGCCCGCUGCACCACUUGGAGCUUUGACUGAAUGGGACUUUUGACUAAAUUUGAUUUCAACUCAAUAGUUGCUGCAAAAAAAUUGCAUUUGUGGGUGGAGCAUGAAUAUAUCAAGCCAUUGAGAACUUGUUAACUGCAGCCAUCAAAAUUCUACUGCAAAAUAACAAAAAAUAAGCUGGUUGAUCGUUUAUGUUUUUACUACUUUCUGUAAUAUUAUACUCAAUUUGGCAGUGGUUCUACCGAAGCUUUGCCUUUCUGAUCUGUAUCGAGUCAAAAUCAAUAUCAUGCAGUAUAAAAGCAAAUGCGUUGAUCUGUUUAUCGAACCGUAUCGCCCACCUCUAGCUUGAACCCACAGCCAAGCUGUUGCAUGAAUGAAAAAGCCAUACGAUUAGUGCGGACGCCACUGUGCUUCAUGUGUUUCCCGCAGACAUGACUAAACUAAUCCACAGUAUAGUUUGAUUCCUCUCAGUGAACUGUUUAUUCUUUAUUUUUUUCGUUUGGUUUCUUUUGAACUGUUUCUGUUUUUUUCCUGUUUUUAUUUUCUCCUCCUCUCCUUUUUUCUCCUCUGGAACCGAGGAGAGUCGAGAUAACGUGAAAAGUCGUGUGAUUUUUUGCUUCUUCGUCUUCUUUUUUAAAAAUAACGUGUUUUCUUUUUCUUGUCGUUUUCUUUCAGACUCUGGUCGGUCUCGUCUUUCACACUGUAGGUGGCAAUGUAUAUGUGUGCAGGUGUGUGUGUGUGAGAGAGUGAAUGAGUGUGAGUGUGUAAAGUAUGUGUGUGUGUAAAUGCGGCUGUUCGUGUUCAGCCUCGUCUCGUGUUUUUGUCCCAUGUUCUUUGGUUUGGUUUUAGUGCUUGGAUAUGUGUUCCAAAAGAAGAGCAAUUGAAUUAAAAAUAAAGUUUUAUAAAUAAUUUGAA